AUGGACACUACAAAGAUGCAAUUAGAAGACUGGCUCGACGACCUUUGCGUUCGCUUCAUCAUCAACCUGCCACAGGAAGACCUAUCAUCGGUCGCGCGGAUAUGUUUCCAAGUUGAGGAGGCACAAUGGUUUUACGAGGAUUUCAUCCGGCCGCUGGACCCGACACUCCCGUCCAUGUCCCUACGAAGCUUCUGUCUACGCAUCUUCCAGCACUGCCCGCUGCUGGCGAACUUCUCACUUGAGAACCACAUGAGGGCUUUCGAAGAGUUCCUGCAGUACAAGACCAGAGUUCCGGUUCGCGGAGCCAUCUUGCUGAACGAGGCUAUGGAUUCGACCAUUCUGGUCAAGGGGUGGAAGAAGGGCGCCAACUGGAGCUUCCCUCGGGGCAAGAUCAACAAAGAUGAAGAUGACCUCGAUUGCGCUAUCCGCGAGGUCUACGAGGAGACCGGCUUCGACAUCCGCGCGGCCGGACUUGUCCCUCCCCAUGACGAAGUCAAGUACAUCGAGAUCACCAUGAGGGAACAGCAGAUGCGACUCUACGUUUUCCGCAACAUACCCAUGGAUACCUACUUUGAGCCAAAGACCCGAAAGGAGAUCAGCAAGAUCCAGUGGUACAAGCUCUCCGAACUACCGGCAUUUCGUAAGAAGGGAAAUCAACAGAACAAUGCUGCUGCCACCAAUGCGAACAAGUUCUACAUGGUGGCGCCUUUCCUCGUCCCUUUGAAGAAAUGGGUAGUCAGCCAAAAGAAGAAGGAUGCGCAGCGCGGCAUCACCUAUGGCACUCACCUUGCGGCCCAGCCGCUGCUCGAAGAGGCGUUGACGGAGGAUGAUGCAGGCAUGCAGACCGACCCGACUGCCGAGGCAAUGAGGAUAACACCGGCGAUUGACACACUGGACGGUGCCACCAGGGAACUGCAGCGUCUACUCAAAGUUCAACCUCCUACCCAAGGUUUGCAGCCGAGCCAGCCCAGCCCGCAGGAUCAGGAUAAAGGCGGAGCCCUGCUGGCCAUGUUGCAGAGAAGCAAUGGUGGUGCAGGCCAUCAACCAUCCGCGCAGGCCCAGCAAGCGGUGCCUCAUACACCUCUCGACUUGACAUACACAAACGCCCCUCAACCAGUUACGCCUCAUCACCACCAUCCUGCUCAGCGUCUGCCGUAUUCCAGCUACCAGCAACAGCCUCCCGAGUUCCCCCUUCCGCCCCAGCAACACCAAAAUGCAGCUGGUUUCCAGUAUCAUCAAAACUACUCGGACCCUCAAAUGCGCCAAGGAUACACUGGGCCGCCGAUGGCGCCGCCACCCCAGCAGCGGCCUGAUCCUGUACCACUCAUGCAUCCCCAGCCGUUGCCUCCGCAAGUGCAGAAGGCUCUAUUCAAUAGGGGCGUGCUUCCAUCCCCGGGUGUUCCUGAUGCCGCCUACGGCCAAGGUCAAGGAACCGCACAACCGCACUACGCCAAUCAGAUGAUGAACAUGCCGCAACACAAGCCCAACGCCGGGCAACCGCAUCCUGUCAUGAAUCAGCACAAGAUGGCGCUUCUGAGUGCCUUCAAGAGCGAUGCCCCCAGGAACGAUGAGAAUGGAGCGCCGCCUCCGCCUCCGCCCCCGCAUAAUACCCUACGAGCCGGCCAAGCGCAGGCUCCAGCCCUGAACUGGGCCAACCCGCAGCGCAGUCUCGGCAUGUAUCCUGCAUCGCAACAGAUGAGCAGCCAAGGACCUCCGCCCCAGGCCACAGAGGCAGUGCAAAGGCUCCUGGGCAAUGUCAACCAUGGGCAGCAGGCUGCGGCGAGACCUGUCCAGCCCAACGAUAAGCAUCGAAGCGCGCUGCUCGACAUGUUCAAGCAGCCAGCACCCGCGUCUCCACGCGGUGCAGGACUUGGCCCGGCCGCGGAUGCCAAUGCCAGGAUGGGAUCCGCCGAGUCCCAGCAGCGGGCCUCUGGCCAACUCCCGAGCGGCAAGGCUAUUGAGGCGGAGGCCCGAGCCAAUGGCGGUCCCAUCCAGAUGAACCCGGAUCUGAACCUGCCCUUUGGCGCGCUGUCCAUCAUGAGCCGCGCCAAGGAUGCGGCGAAUAGGGAGCGUGCCCAGGGAGCACCAGCUCCUGCCCCGCCACAUCAGGCAAGCGCACCAUACUCUCCGGGAGCGGCGUCGAAUGCGACGGUGCGUGCCGGAGCAGCGCCGAGCCAGCAAUGGGCAAGUUCCAGCCCAAACCUUGCGCAGCACGGAGCUGUUCCGCUGUCUCCGCAGUACGCCGGCCACAGCGCACAUCACCAUUCCCCCAGCUACACGCAGGGGCCACACAACGCCCAGGUUGCGCCCCCGAUGCACGGCGGCGCCGGCGGGACGGUCGUCCGCCGGCAGUCGGAAGCGAACCCGGAGCAGAAGCAGAAGCUUCUGUCGCUGUUCGGCAAGGCGCCGGCGGCGGCGGCGGCUGGACCGGCUGCGGAGCCCGGCUUCAAGGGCAAGGAGCCCAGCCUGCUGGACCAGCUCCACGGCGGCGGCGCCGGCCGGCCUCGCAUGCCGUCGUCGCAUGCCUCUGCCGGCCUCGAGAGUGGGCAGGGCAGCAGCGCCAAUGCUUCCAGGCGCGGCAGCCAGACGCCUAUCUCCCCGGCGGAUCGGAAUUUCCUCCUGGGCUACCUGGAGUCCAUGUCUGGCAGUGCCGGGCGUUGA